AUGUCGCAACAACAAGAAGAAAGAAAACUACAAAAACAAAUUAAAUAUCCAUGGUGGUAUGGUGGUGUUGCAGGCAUUUUCGCCUGUAUCUGCACUCACCCAUUAGAUUUAGCAAAAGUAAGGUUACAAGCUGCAUCUUUACCUAAACCAACAUUAGUGGAAAUGCUAACAAAUAUUCUAAGGAAUGAAGGUGUUUUAGGACUAUAUUCAGGACUUAGCGCAGCUGUCUUACGACAAUGUACCUAUACCACUGUUAGGUUCGGUAUAUAUGAUCUAUUGAAAGAACAUGUGAUUCCACAAAAAGAAUUAACAAAUAUGGCAUAUCUCUUACCAAGUUCUAUGUUUAGUGGUGCUGUCGGUGGUCUGGCUGGUAAUUUUGCAGAUGUUGUUAACAUCAGAAUGCAAAAUGACUCAGCCUUAGAACCUCAUUUAAGAAGAAAUUAUAGAAACGCAUUUGAUGGUGUUUGGAAAAUCUAUAGACAUGAAGGAGGUGUGAAGACAUUAUUGACCGGUUGGAAACCAAAUAUGGUCAGAGGUGUGUUAAUGACAGCAUCUCAAGUGGUCACAUAUGAUAUUUUUAAGAAUUAUCUAGUGACUAACCUAGAUUUUGAUCCUGCAAAUAAGACUACACACUUUUCUGCCUCAUUAUUAGCAGGGUUAGUGGCCACUACAAUCUGUUCUCCAGCAGAUGUCAUUAAGACACGUAUUAUGAAUGCAAGUAAAGCUGAAAAUAAGUCAUCCAUUGAAAUAUUAACGACUGCUUUACGUACAGAAGGUCCAUCAUUUAUGUUUAGAGGUUGGUUACCAAGUUUCACUAGAUUAGGCCCAUUUACCAUGCUAAUUUUCUUUGCUAUCGAACAAUUAAAGAAACAUAAGGUUGGUGUAAAGGAGGAGGAGUACGUGUAA